AUGUAUAGCAUUCUCGGUCCCGCUCUGUUUGCGUCUCUCGUUGCGGCCCAUGGCCAUGUCACCAACAUAGUCAUUAACGGUGUAUCCUUCGAUGGAUGGGACAUAGGAAGUUAUCCUUACACAGACUCGCCUCCAGACGUGGUAGCUUGGGGUACCCCUAACACUGCCAAUGGCUUCGUUGCUCCUGAUGCGUACGACACUUCGGAUAUUAUCUGCCAUCUUAAUGCUACGAAUGCUAAAGGUCACGCGGUCGUAGCGGCCGGUGACCGAGUCUUCUUCCAAUGGACUCCCAACUGGCCAGAAUCUCAUCAUGGACCGAUCAUCGAUUACCUCGCUAGCUGUGGCGCAGGUGGCUGUGAAACUGUGGACAAAACCACGCUUGAGUUCUUCAAGAUUAGCGGUGUCGGACUAGUUGACGGAACUGAUGUCCCCGGCAUUUGGGCCGAUGAUCAACUCAUAGCCCACGAGUCGGGAUGGAUGGUCGAGAUUCCUUCCGACAUCGCACCUGGGCAUUAUGUCUUGAGACAUGAAAUCAUUGCGCUCCAUGGCGCAGGCUCUGAGGGUGGGACCCAGAAUUAUCCCCAGUGUUUCAACCUACAAAUCACCGGCUCAGGAUCAGACAAGCCAGCGGGUGUCUUGGGUACUGAUCUGUAUAGUCCAACCGACCCUGGCAUCCUCGUGAACAUCUAUACAUCUCUGUCAACCUAUAUUGUCCCAGGACCAACUCUUUACAGUGGUGCCGUCUCAAUCACGCAAGCCACUUCAGCAAUCACUGCUUCUGGUACACCAGUGACAGGGACAGGUGCUGUUACCGAUGGCGCCACCACAGCCACAGCUACAACAUCUAAGACCACCACCACUACAUUGGUGACUGCCACCAAAACUUCCAGUAGUAAGGCUACUACCACCACUUCUCCUAGUGGUGGUGGAGCCAUCCAGACUCCCUACGGACAGUGCGGAGGAGGUGAUUGGAAGGGACCAACUGCAUGCGCGUCGCCAGCAGCGUGUUCUUCGGUAAACGAGUGGUAUUCUCAGUGUCUUCCAACUGCUGCUUAA